GAUUUUUAUUUUCUAUACAUACAUACUUCUUGAAGAAUGUCACCAUUCGACGUUUUGCAAAAUUAGUUAAAUAGAAAUUAAUUGGCGAUUUGUAUUAUGUAGAGUUCGUUAAAGUGAUAAAAUCGUUCUUUAUAAUGCUUGCGAGAUAAACAUAUUUUAACUUAAUUGAAUAAAAUAAACUAAGUUUUAUAGGUUCGUCGUAGUUUUGUGUUGGCAAAGCGGGUAGAAAUAUAUUACUGAAAAUGUCUGUGAAUUUGGGUGGUGUUGAAAAUUUGUCGCUUCCUCUGGAUGUUCGCGAAAAAUUAGCCGAAUUAGAUUUGGAGUUAUCAGAAGGUGAUAUCACACAGAAAGGAUAUGAGAAAAAGAGAACUAAACUACUUCAACCUUUUCUAACUAAAACCAACGAAGGUGCUGAUCCAAAAGAUGAUAAAAAUAACAAAUCGAUUCCUCCUUAUUAUAAUAUAAAAGAAACAAAUGCACAAAAUAUUAAGACUGUUAAGGAUGGAGCCUUGGUAUCCAGUGAAGGAUAUAGCUAUGUUACAGAGGUUCCUUCCCUGCCAUCAUCUCAUCAAAGACAUUCCAAUGCUGCAAAAAAAUCUGAUUACCAUCAUCCUUCAGGAAGUCAGGGCGAACCAGUUCACCAGCACAGCCGGCAACGUCGAACACAACGUAAAAUUACACAUAAUGAAAAACGUUACCACUCUGAAGUACGUCAGGAAGCUGUUCAACAAGCGUUGGCUGCUUUAAAAUGUCGUCCCAAACCAAGUCUCCCUAUGCCAUCUAAAAGAAGUUCUGUAUUGAAUAGAAGUCCUGAUCGCGCAAAUGAUACAGACUCAACAACUGAUGACGAAUCUAUACCAGAAGAAAUUAUUUCUCCUGAUAAAGAAUAUAAUUAUCCACAAGAUCAUAUAAAUAAUAUGACUGAGUCAGUUAUCAAACCACCAAUUCGUGACUCCUCUAUGGGCGGUUCUGUACACAAAAACAAAUAUCCAGAACGCCGGCCUCCCCAAAAUUUGCCACCAUUGCCAACUUCUGAUACUUCAAGUACUGAGUCACCGAUAACAGCAUACAAGAAGGAGUCUUGUGACUUUACCAACAGUUCGGAUAUGCCAAAACCUUACGUUGCUCCUGAUAUAACUCAAUUUAAUAAUACUAGACGUGCUGCUGAUCGAGUAACAAGAUAUGUAAAUGUGUCACAUACUGAUAUUAGUGAUUCUGAUACUAAUGGAAGAUGGAAAGUAUCAGCUAAAAUUCAACAGCUUUUGAAUACUCUCAAACGUCCGAAAAGGCGACCACUACCCGAGUUUUAUGAAGACAACGAUAUUGAACUAGAAAUUGCCGCAAACCCUAAAGAUCCAAAUGCUCCUAAACCUGAAGGAAGUACUAUGACGCCGGUUCAAGGUGAACAAUUAGCAGUUGCAGCAGGUUUACCUAGAUCAUUAGAAGCAGCAUUACAACGGUUUGGUACAAAUUCUUUUAAAUCUCCAAUGGCAACGGUUUUAGAUCCAAAUGGAAAAAUAACCACCACAUUAACCUAUGGAAAAUUAUUGUCCAGGGCGCAAAAGGUUGCUUAUGCUUUGUCGACUAAAAUAUUUAGUAAAGGUCCUGAACAAAUAACAUUAAAACCAGGAGAUCGUGUUGCUCUCGUAUAUCCUAACAACGAUCCACUAAGUUUUAUAACUGCUUGGUAUGGAUGUAUGUUUCGUGGCUUGGUACCUCUUCCAAUAGAACUACCACUAUCGAGUUCCGACACACCACCACAGCAAGUUGGAUUUUUACUCAGUUCUUGUGGUAUUACGGUUGCUCUAACAUCUGAAGCUUGUUUAAAAGGGUUACCAAAGUCAACAACUGGCGAAAUAGCAAAACUAAAGGGAUGGCCUCGACUCCAAUGGUUUGUUACAGAACAUUUGCCAAAACCACCAAAAGAUUUUAACGUUGGUAAUGUUCGCAUAGAAGAUUCGGCAACUGCUUACAUCGAAUAUACUACUGAUAAAGAAGGGAGUGUUAUGGGUGUUACUGUUACCAGAUUAGCAAUGAUGAACCAUUGUCGAGCACUAACUAUGGCUUGUCAUUAUACGGAAGGUGAAACCGUUGUAUGUGUGUUGGAUUUUAAACGUGAAGUGGGUUUGUGGCAUGCUGUUCUUACGUCUGUAUUAAAUGGUAUGCACGUGCUGUUUAUACCUUAUGCACUAAUGAAGCUUCGACCAUCUUCAUGGAUGCAACUCAUAACAAAACAUAGAGCAUCUUGCUGUUUAGCAAAAAGCAGAGAUCUCCAUUGGGGCUUACUAGCAACCAAAGAUCAUAAAGAUAUAUCAUUGUCAUCUUUGCGAAUGUUGCUAGUUGCUGAUGGUGCUAAUCCUUGGUCGUUGUCAUCGUGUGAUCAAUUUCUUAGUGUUUUCUCAUCGAAAGGUCUCCGAUCUGAUGCAAUUUGCCCAUGUGCAAGUAGUUCAGAAGUUUUUACAGUUUCUUUACGACGUCCUGGUCGUUCAGCAAGUGGAUUUAGUCAAUCUGCUACUGGCAGGGGUGUACUUUCAAUGGCAGCAUUGUCACAUGGAGUUGUCCGAGUUGAUAGUGAAGAUUCGUUAACAUCUUUAACACUACAAGAUUGCGGGCAAGUAAUGCCUGCUGCCCAAAUGGUUGUAGUGCGAUCUGAGGGAAUACCAGUAUUAUGCAAAACAGAUCAAGUUGGUGAAAUAUGUGUUACGAGUGGAUCUACUGGAUCAAGUUACUUCGGUUUAGAGGGUCUUACAAAUACAACUUUUAAAGUACAACCGUUACCUGAAGAUCCUGAAAUAAUUAAGGAUGGUUCUUCUAUAAAACCCAUUAGCGAUGAAUAUUAUGUUCGAUCAGGUUUGCUAGGAUUUUUGGGACCCGGUGGGCUUGUGUUUGUGUGUGGUUCUCGCGAUGGGCUUAUGACGGUUACAGGAAGAAAACAUAAUGCUGAUGAUAUAAUUGCUACAGUUUUAGCUGUAGAGCCAAUGCGAUUUAUAUACAGAGGGCGAAUAGCAGUUUUUAGUAUCAAAGUUUUAAGAGACGAACGUGUUUGCGUUAUUGCAGAACAAAGACCCGACUGUUCUGAAGAAGAAAGUUUUCAAUGGAUGUCAAGAGUUUUGCAAGCAGUUGAUUCCAUACAUCAAGUGGGAAUCUAUUGUUUAGCUCUUGUACCGCCGAAUCAUUUGCCAAAAACCCCUUUAGGUGGUAUACAUUUGUGCGAAGCAAGACGCAGAUUUUUGGAAGGAACCCUUCAUCCAGCAAAUGUUCUUAUGUGUCCUCAUACAUGUGUUACAAAUUUACCAAAGCCUAGAGAGAUACAUCAAGGUGUACAAUCAACUGCAAAAAAAAGCUCAAUUGGAUGUGGUAUUACAGACACUUCUGUGGGACCAGCCUCUGUGAUGGUUGGGAAUUUAGUUCAGGGAAACCGUUUGGCAGUUGCUCAAGGUCGUGAUAUUGGGAUGUCGGAAGAUAGUGAACGCAAGCAUCAAUUAAUAACUGGUGUGCUUCGCUGGAGGGCAAAUACAUCUCCAGACCAUGUUCUAUUCACAUUACUCAACUCCAAAGGAGCUAUUGCUAAAACUUUAACAUGCUCAGAACUACAUAAAAGAGCUGAAAAGAUUGCAGCACUUUUGCAAGAACGGGGCAAAAUUGAGCCCGGGGAUCAUGUUGCUUUAAUAUUUCCCCCCGGUUUGGACUUGUUGUGUGCAUUUUAUGGAUGCUUAUAUUUAGCUGCAAUACCUAUAACUAUUCGGCCUCCACAUCCACAAAAUCUAAUUACAACACUGCCUACUGUGAGAAUGAUCGUAGAUGUUUCAAAAAGUGGAAUAGUUCUGUCUAUUCAACCUAUUAUUAAACUUUUAAAAUCAAGAGAAGCUGCUGCUUCCAUAGAUCCGAAAACGUGGCCUCCUAUUUUAGACAUCGAUGACAAUCCGAAACGUAAAAUAACUUCUAUUGCGAACGCAACUUUAGAUUCAACGGCAUAUUUAGAUUUUAGCGUUUCAACUUGCGGUCGUUUGAGUGGGGUGAACAUAACACAUAGAUCACUAUCUAGUCUAUGCGCUAGUUUAAAAUUAGCUUGUGAAUUAUAUCCAUCUCGACAUGUAGCAUUAUGCUUAGAUCCAUACUGCGGUUUAGGUUUUGCAAUGUGGACACUAAUUGGAGUUUAUAGUGGACAUCAUUCAAUUUUAAUCGCUCCAUAUGAGGUGGAAGCGAAUCCAAGUUUAUGGCUUUCAACAUUAUCUCAACAUCGAGUUCGUGAUACUUUCUGCUCCUAUGGCGUAAUAGAACUGUGCACAAAAGCUUUAAGCAAUUCCAUUCCAAUGUUAAAACAGAGAAAUAUAGAUUUAAGAUGUGUUCGUACGUGCGUUGUUGUAGCAGAAGAAAGACCUCGAAUUCAAUUGACACAGCAAUUUUGUAAAUUAUUUCAAGCUUUGGGCUUGAAUACGCGAUGUGUAUCCACUUCUUUUGGCUGUCGCGUAAAUCCAGCUAUUUGUGUACAGGGUGCAAGUUCCGCAGAAAGCGCACAAGUGUAUGUUGAUCUUAGAGCUUUAAGAAAUAACAGAGUGGCUCUUGUUGAGCGCGGAGCACCAAAUUCUCUUUGUUUGAUUGAAUCGGGUAAACUUUUACCUGGUGUUAAAGCUAUAAUUGCAAAUCCAGAUACAAAGGGUCAUUGUGGUGAUUCACAUUUAGGAGAAAUAUGGGUUCAAUCACCACAUAACGCUAGUGGUUAUUUUACAAUAUAUGGUGAUGAAACUGAUUACAAUGAUCAUUUCAAUGCAAAGCUUGUUACGGGAGCAACCACAGAAUUAUAUGCGCGGACUGGAUAUUUAGGAUUUUUACGGCGUACUGAGUGUUCUCAAGCUGUUUCUAUUUUGGACGAAACUACUCCCAGUAUUGCAAGUCGAGAUAGCGAUAAUGAGUCAAUUAACUCUAUGAGUCAAUUGCAACUAAAUUUUUCAUCUCUUUCCACUGGUAUUCCGCCAAGUGAAGCUUCCGUUGGAACAACAAACGAUCAAGAACUUCAUGACGCAGUAUAUGUUGUUGGCGCAUUAGAUGAAGUUAUAACUUUAAGAGGAAUGAAUUAUCAUCCAAUAGAUAUAGAGAAUUCCGUGUUACGAUGUCAUAAAAAAAUUGCUGAAAGCGCUGUGUUCACUUGGACUAAUUUACUUGUAGUGGUUGUAGAAUUAGACGGGAAUGAAUCUGAAGCAUUAGAUUUAGUACCAUUAGUAACAAAUACAGUUUUAGAAGAACAUCAAUUGAUUGUUGGUGUAGUAGUAGUUGUGGACCCAGGAGUUGUCCCUAUUAAUAGCAGAGGAGAAAAACAACGUAUGCACUUACGCGAUGGUUUCCUAGCUGAUCAGCUAGAUCCCAUAUAUGUUGCAUAUAAUAUGUAAAUAAGACUAUUGAAUAUAAAGGAACACAUAUAACUUUAUUUAUAUAACAUCAACAUAAUAAAAUCAUACUAAAUUAUAAUGCAUAUACGU